UUGUUUCCACAAAACCCUACACAUUUUCAUGGAUUCCACCACUUCCGACGCCGCAGUUCUUCUCCGCGACUCCUCAUCAUCCGCUGCUGCGAGCUGCCUGUACAUUAUCUACCUAUCUCUUCGCAGAUUCACUUGCUGAACAAGGAGCGAGCGGAGCUAAAGAGAGAUAGAAUGUACUCCUUCACGUCGAUUUGCCACAGUUUGGGUACAAGGGAUGUGGCUUUCACAUUUGGGUUGAAUCCCCCAAGUCAUGCUGCCAUUUAUAAUCAGAGGAAUGGAGUCUGGAAAUCUCCGGAGGCAGCUGUUGUUUCAGAUUUUCAUCUUCCAAUGCGCAGCCUUGAAGUUAAAAACAGGACCUCUGUGGAUGGCAUAAAGGGUCUAAGAUUAAUCACAGCCAUCAAGACCCCAUACUUACCAGACGGCAGAUUCGACCUCGAAGCCUUCGACGCCUUAAUGCAUACACAGAUUAUGAAUGGUGCUGAAGGCGUAGUCGUGGGAGGCACGACAGGGGAAGGCCACCUUAUGAGCUGGGACGAACACAUCAUGCUCAUUGGACAUACCGUCAACUGUUUCGGCGCUUCCAUCAAAGUAAUAGGGAACACUGGAAGCAACUCGACGAGGGAGGCGAUCCACGCCACCGAACAAGGUUUCGCCGUCGGCAUGCACGCCGCCCUUCACAUUAAUCCUUAUUACGGCAAGACAUCUCUCAAAGGUAUUGUCUCCCAUUUCGAAGCCGUUCUUUCCAUGGGACCGACCAUCAUCUAUAAUGUACCUUCGAGAACCGGACAAGACAUUCCUCCGACCGUCGUCGGUAAAAUUUCGGCGAAUCCAAACAUGGCCGGCGUCAAGGAAUGCGUCGGAAAUGAUCGAAUAAAGGAAUAUGUGGGCGGAGGAAUGGCGAUCUGGAGCGGCAAUGAUGAUGAGUGUCAUGAUGCUAGGUGGUCUUAUGGUGCCGUCGGAGUCAUAUCGGUGACGAGCAAUCUCGUUCCGGGUCUGAUGCACGAGCUGAUGUUCGGAGGGAAGAACACGUCACUGAAUUCGAAGGUGAUGCCGCUGGUUAAGUGGCUUUUCGGUGAGCCGAAUCCCAUUGGUCUUAAUACCGCACUGGCGCAGCUCGGGGUGAUCCGGCCUGUGUUUAGACUCCCAUAUGUUCCUCUUCCUGUUGAGAAGAGAAUUGAGUUUGUGAGGUUGGUGGAGGAGAUUGGAAGGGAGCAUUUUGUUGGGGAUGGAGAGGUGAAGGUUCUUGAUGAUGAUGAAUUUGUUUUGGUGGGUCGAUAUUAGUUAUGAUGAUGAUGUGAUGAUGAUGAUGAUGAUGAUGAUGGUGAGUAUUUAUUUAUAUGACUAUUUUGGAAUUGUAGUUUCCAAUUGCUCAUAGCAAUGUUUCCUUUGCAUCUAGUAUUGUUAUGGGGCAUUUACAUACAUAACAUAUAAUUUAUUUGUAGGCAUAAUUAC